AAAUAUGGAAUUCGAACAAGAGGCAGAGCAGUAGAAAUAUUUAGCACACUAGCUAACUUAAUCUGUAUGAUGGGGGAAUACAACAGGAACUUGGCUAAGACACUUCUCUACCCCACACUUCCAGCAUUUACACAAGCUCUUGUCAAAGGUCUACAAACACCUGAUGGUUUUACAUCAGAUUCUGGGUUGAAGAAAGAAAUUCUUAGUGCAUUGACAGUCCUUAUGAAGAAUGUGCCCAAGCAAAUGGGGCAAUACCUUGGGGAUGUAUUAGGUCCUGUGUGGCAGACACUAACUACAAGUGCUGAUACUUACGUCAACACCACAGUGAAUGCUCGAGAAGAUGCAGAUGACCCUGUAGAUUCUGAUGGGGAAGUACUUGGCUUCGAGAAUCUGGUGUUUAGUAUAUUCGAGUUUGUACAUGCUCUUGUGGAAACUACUAAGCACAAGCAACUCAUUAUACAAGGCAUUGCUGAUCUUACAUAUUACAUUCUCCUGUAUAUGCAAAUUACAGAAGAUCAGAUUGAAAAUUGGAGCAACAAUCCUGAUGCUUUUGUGGAGGAUGAAGAUGAGGACAGCUUUGCCUACUCUGUUAGAAUCUCUGCCCAGGAUUUGUUGCUAGCCUUGUGUCAAGAGCUAGCUGAGGAGUGUGGCCAGGGUUUAAUUGUAGCUGUUGGGAGACAUUUAGAGCGAGCAGCUAGUCAGCGGACAGCAGGUGACCCUGCUUGGUGGAAAACGCACGAGGCUGUAAUGCUGGCCAUGGGAUCUGUCCGUGAUCUAAUCCUUGAUCAAGUGACAAAGGGGCAGUUACAGUUUGAUCUCACCAAUUUUAUCCAGUCUAUUGUUUUGGCUGACCUUGAUCCUAAUUUUUCCCCAUUUCUGGCUGGACGAGCACUUUGGUGUGGCAGUAGGUUUGGGCAGGCAGUAACCCCUGAAAUGCUUGACAGAUUUCUCCAGGCUACUGUCUCGGCUCUCAAUCAUAGUCCCAAUCCUAUUAUUAAAGUCUCUGGAGUUAGGUCAGUAUGGGGAUUUUGUGAAUAUCUGAAAGGUAGUGGAACCCCAGGAGCACUUCAACCAUACCUUCCUUCCAUCCUGGAUGGCUUAGUAACCUUAGCAACUCAAGCAUCUUCAGAAGUUCUCUCUCUCAUUCUAGAGACUUGCUGUAUAGUCGUUUCUGUAGACUCCAAUUUCACGGCAGCAAAUGUUGGUCGAAUAUCGACUCUUUGUUUAGCAGUAUUUAUAAAAGCCAAUAAUGACCCAGUAUUAGUUGCACUUGUGCAAGAUGUGGUAAGGGAACUGUGUCAAAACCCAGGUUGCACCACAACACUUCAAACCAAGUUUAUUCCUACUCUUGCAUCCAUACUUAAUGCAUCAACAGAUAAGGUGCCACCAGGUAUGCAAGCUGUGGCUUUGGACAUGCUUGAAGUGAUGGUUCGAUCAUCAACGCCGCCCCUUGAAGAACCUCUGAUUAAUGUAGCCUUCCCAGCUGUAGUACAAAGAACCCUAAAUACAGAUGAUAAUUCUACUCUACAAAAUGGUGGAGAAUGUCUUAGAGCUUACGUUUCCGUAGCACCUGAUCAGGUUAUCGGGUAUCACGAUGCUGAAGGAAGGUUGGGCCUUCAGUAUGUAGUUCAGGUAGCGACGCAGCUCUUGUCACCAGCCACCAGUGAACACACAGCCACAUUUGUAGGGCGGCUUAUUACUGUUCUCAUCCGGAGAGCUGGUGACCACUUGGGAGACAAUUUGGAUCUUCUCCUCAGAGCUGUUCUUAGUAAACUCCAGGGUGCGGAGACGCUAACUGUGGUUCAGAACCUUGUGCUGGUGUAUGCUCAGUUGGUACACUCUCAAUUGGAAGGUGUCCUAACCUUCUUAGCAGGUGUUCCAGGACCCUCAGGACAGUCUGCACUUCAUUUUGUACUUACUCAGUGGUGUUCCAAACAGCAUCUCUUCUUUGGUGCUUAUGAAGGAAAGGUCAGUGCAGUAGCUCUAGCCAAGCUACUGGAGCAUGGGGUUACAUCGAAUGAUUCUCGUUUACAAGAUAUCAUAGUUCAGGGAGACCAGGUAUUCUCGCCUGAGUGUCGAGUGAGAACACGAUCCCAGCGUGCAUCUCGUCCUGAGCAGUGGACUCAAGUACCUGUUUUGGUUAAAAUAUUCAAGCUCUUGAUUAAUGAACUUGCCAAUGCAAUUGACUCCAACAUGACCAAAGAUGAUGAUGAGCAGGAGUCUGAAGAUGAAUGCUGGGAAGAUGAUGAGGAGGAAGGUCAGACCAAUGGGGAUACAACUUUGGCAUCUAUGUUUGCUCCAUCCAGUAGUUACCCAGGCUAUGAUGCAGACACUGUAGAUGAGGAGGAUGAUCCUGACGCGGUAAGUGACCCCUUGUAUAGUCUGGAUCUUCAGCAGUACCUGACCACCUUCAUUAGUACUUUUGCUCAGCAUCCAGCAUUCCCCGUCUUUGUUCCACACCUUAAUCCUCACGAGCAAGAAGUACUCCAAGGAAUUGGUGUUCAGUGUUGAAAAUACUUGAAAGUGAAGCAAUCAAUAAUUUUGUUGCUUUACUAAGUGCAGUGAUCAGUUAUAUGAUCUAGCACACAGAAAAGUGCAGCAAUUAGUUCCUCUAGUACUCAAAAAAGUGCAGUGAUUAGUUACUCCAGUACAUGGAAAAGUGCAGGGAUCAGUUCCUAUAGCACUCAGAAAAGUGCAGGAAUCAGUUAAUGUAGCACUUAAAAAUUUGUUCUUCUCAUACACGUAAAGGACUUCCAUGACUUAAGAUAGCAGAAAAGGCUGCUUCCUCGUGUAUAAGUCAGUCUUUCUAUUUUCACAAGCAUAAAAAAUAUAUCCUCCAAAAGAACUUGUGAAUAGUGAUUUAAGCCAGGUACUGAAUGUUGUGAAAUAUGUUUUGUUUUGUCUAUAGAAAAUGUUAUAUUUAUAAUUUGUAAAAAAGAAAAAGAGAGAAAAAAUAUAUAAAUAUUUAUACUGUAUAAAAUUCUCUUCUCUUAAUGUGCAGUGUUAAAAAGACUUUUAUAUAAAUCUUGUAAAAUGAAAGUUGUUGGUAAGGAAACAUCACCACAGUAUAUACAACAAAAUGAACUAUCUUUUAUCCCAAAUAAUUAUCAGUUGGAAAUGGACAUUGCAGUACCAGUGAAUGUUGUGUUUUAUUUUUUUUUUUUUUACACACUGGCUGUCUCCCACAGUGGCAGGGUGACCUGAAAAAGAAACAAUUUAAUGAUCAUUUACACUCACUGUCUUGCCAGAGGCAUGCAGAUAUGACAGUUUAGAUGUCCCUCUAAACAGUAAGUAUCCCAGACCCUUUUAGAGUGCAGGCACUGUACUCCCCACCUCCAGGACUCUAGUCCAGCUAACAUGAAUCCCUUCAUAAAAUAUUACCUUGCUUGCACUCCAGCAGCUCAUCAAGUCCCAAAAACCAUUCGUCUCCACUCCUUCUAUCUAACAUGAAGAGUAACUAAAGGUAUUAUCCAGAGGGCUGAGGAAGGGUUGUAGAGGAGAUUUGGGGAUGGAGCAAAAUAGGAUGACCUGAAGGGUGUAUAAAUCUCUAGUGGAGGGAAGGUGAGGUAGUGGUUGUCCUAGGAAAGGAUGGAGGGGGGAAGGGAUAAAGGAAGUUUUGUAUGCAGGAGACUUGGAAAUACAACAAGCAUGUCAGCAUAUUAGGUAGGAGUGGAGGCAAAUGGCUUUUGGGACUUGAUGAGUUGCUUGAGUGUGAGCAAGGUAACAUUUUGUGAAGGGAUUCAGGAAAAACCCAUUAGCUGGGCUUGUCCUGGAGAUGGGAAACAGUGCCUGCACUCUAAAGGAGGGGUUUGGGGUGUAUAUAUAGAAAUUGUACUGUAAUUACUGCUUUAUACCUCAUAAUAUAUGAAUUCGAAAAAUGUUCUCUUUAUUGAAGAGAACUGUAAUCAACUUUUCAUCGUCCAUGAAUGCAUUACUUACAAUGGUGUAUGGAUUUUGCUCACUUUAGAAUGAUGAAAUGCAAAGUAUUUCAUUGUUGUUAGCUACUGAAAACUGUGAUCAUUAAUGUUGAUAAGGUUUCAUGAGAUGAAUGUGAAAAUGUUAACAAAGUCCAGUUCUAUACAAAAUGUACAGAUGAAAAUACUAACUUGAACAUUGAGUAAUAAUGAUUACAUUUUAAUUUUGCAUGAAUAUUUACUGUCAUGUAUGCAGCCAUAUUGUAUAAUGAUUGCAUGCUAAACUGAAAGGCUUGGUGGAAUUUAUUCUCUGUUAGUCCUGGUUUUAGGAGGAUGUAGGACUUACGGCCAUCUAAAGUCUGCCAAGUGCAUAUCCAGUUCUGUCAUGUGUACAGUGAUUUAGACAUGACAGUAUACUUGAGUGCUGAAGUGCCUGCUAGCUGUGUUGCCCAGUUUCAAACUUUGCUUUGUAGCAGAUGCUUCUAUUUUGAAUAUAAAAAAGACAAUCUUACUCGAGUUGUUUGGUCUUCAAUAUGCAUCUCAUACUCAGAGUGUGAUACUUGCGUGUCAUCUCAUUUCUUCUUUAGACAGUUUCUCGGUAGUAAAUUAAUAUUUUACAAGCCCUCAAAGGUAUACGUAUAGGUAAGGAGACACAGCAUAUUGUUGUGAGUUGAACAGCUGUUUGGAAUGCACCCAUCAUUGAUGGAUAAGGAUGACUUAAACUCUGUCCAUUGAGUUCAAAGACAAAGUAAUUGAAGUGGGAAUUAGUUGAGACCUCUGGCCUUCCAUUAGUUGAGCCUUUGAAAUUCAAAGCAAUCUCUUGUGGUGCCACUUCCGGUAAUCUGAUGCUUUAAAAUAAUAUGCAGUAAAUUGCAACUUGCAUGUUUGCUCUUGUCCUCAUUUUUUUUUUUAUCAUAUGAUUCCACAUUUAAGGAAACAUUGCAUAAAUAAUUUUUGUACUUGUUAAUUGGGCCUUAAAGUAAGUUUGAGCUCCAGAGAUAUAUAACGUAUUUUUAUAUUGCUUGUUAAUUUCUAAAAAAAUUUUGUGGUUAAAAUUAAGCCUGAAACAUUGGAGAUGGAUUUUUCUCUGUAUGGCAGUUGUUUAUAAAUACAUGUAAAAAAAAGUU